GUCAAUGCCGGAAAAAUAGUGUAAUAAAUUUUGAAAUAAAAAUUAAAAAACGAAUUAGUUAUGUUGAAUACCGGUAAUCAACAACAACAGCAUCAACAACAACAACAACAGCAGCAGCAUCAUACACAACAACAGCAGCAACAUCAGACACAACAACAGCAGCAGCAACAUCAAACUCAACAGCAACAACACCAUCUUCAACAGCAGCAACAGCCACAACAACAACAGCAACAGACCAACAACACACAAUCUCUAACACAACUCCUCAAUCUCAACACCCAUCAGUGCGAUGCAAAUUUAAAUUUCACUUCAUUUGCCGAAUUAUGCCGUCUAUGUUCGAUACGUAAUGGUUCCACCAAAAUCCACUUGUUCGAAAAGGAAGCCGAACAACGUAAUCUCAUUUACAAAUUACGUUCUCUAAUGCCGGUUAAUAUAGCUAAAGAGGAUUUUCUGCCGAAAAAUAUUUGUGAAAACUGCGUCCAAAAAGUGGAAGGUUUGUAUGAGUGGCGUCAAUCGAGUUUACAAAACGAACAUAUUUUAAGAAAUUAUGCCGAAUCAAUGCGAGCCGUUACUGCAACUAUAAAUUUUCAGGACGGCACAGUGAAUAUGGAUAAAAUGACGGUGGCUCAAAAGAAUGCGUAUCUGGAGGCACACAUGGCCGUACAACAACAAAUGGCACAGGCGGCCAUACAAUUCAAACAGCAGCAGCAGCAACAACAAACGUCCAAUAAUAAUCAAACACAACAACAGCAGCAGCAACAACAACAACAAAAUUCACCCAAUAGCAACAAUAACAAUAGUACUAAUAACAACAACAACACAAAUCAACAAUUACAGCAGCAGCAGCAACAACAGCAGCAACAACAACAGCAGCAGCAGCAACAGCAUUAUGCCAGCACCAUAAAGGUGCCACAAAUAAGUUCCUCUAGUUCAGCCGGCAACGAAAGUACUUUUACCGUUCCGGACGAUGUGGGCAUGGGAUUUGAAGGAGGCGUCCGAGUGCUACAAAGUUUGGGCACCUGGUCGUCCGACAAUAUAACGUACAACAUACCCAAACCGAAUUUGAUACCAUUUACCGAACCCUAUGUCGAGGGUGGUUCCAUGCAUCCAGCCAGUCGCCUAAAAGCAUUGCAACAAGUCCAGCAGGCUUCAUCGGGUGUACGCAAAACUAAUCCAUCAAAACCCACCAAUAAAGCAUUUGAGUGCACCGUGUGUGGCAAGGGUUUGGCCCGCAAAGACAAACUCACCAUUCACAUGCGUAUUCAUACAGGAGAGAAGCCUUAUAUUUGUGAAGUGUGUAAUAAAGCUUUCGCUCGUCGUGAUAAAUUAGUCAUACAUAUGAACAAGUUCAAACAUGUUACGCCCACGAACAUUGCACCGCUUGGGAAACGUCUUAACAAUUUGGUGAAGAAAAAAGAACCCGAACCUGAAGACAAUAAGCAGAAUCUCGAAUUGCAACUACAACAACAAGCAGUACAAGUAGCCACUCAAAAUAUCAUUGUCCAGACGUCGAAUGCCCAGCAUACCGGUGGCCAAAGUACAGCCAUACCGGGCAUUAUUAUACCACAUCAUCAUGCCCAACAGCAGCUGUCGUGGACUUGUGAAUUGUGUGGUCGUAUGUUUUCCAAUCGAGAUGAGUGGACAUUGCAUGCCAAGAGCCAUUUGGAGUAUUGACAUCAGGAACAGGAAACAACGGAAAUUGUUAAAACAGUCAAAAUGGCUGCAAAUACAAAUCAACGUAACUAUCAACUGGAUACAAAUACGAACAUCAACAAUAACAACAA